AUGAAAAUAUGGAAUUCCCAUCCUACCAAAGUAUUGAAACAAUCCAACUUUGAGUUGAGAGGCUGCUUGAGCCAACCACAACUUCUACAUGUUGAAGAACCAAACGACGACGGCGACGCCGUCAACGACGUCGGUUAAAAAAUAGGCUUCUAUUUUACCAACGAAUCUCAAGAUAUUCUAAGGUCAUUUUGUUUAUUUCUCAUUGUCAAAACUAUCUGAAAAUUUAAAAUGGAACACAGCGUUAAAUUAUAAAUAGAAUUUGAAAUAUUAGCAGCCGUCGUUCAAGUUCUCCAGAAAACGCAUUUCACGUUGCUGUUUUGUAGAGGAUGCAAAGAAAUUUACAAAGAUUUAAAACGCAUGUGCCCAGCCAUUUUUCUGCUCAUUAAACUCUUUGUUUAG